AUGGGGGAAGAGUAUAGAAACUACAAGUAUUACUCUGGAGACUUAAAGUUGUAUGAAUAUAAUAUUAAUUAUUCCUUUUCAAUAUGUUCUUGUUUACAGACCAGUUUUUCCAUAUGGGGAUGGGGAAGUCUUGUGCUUUUUCUAGCAACUUUUGGACCCUUCGCUAUAUUUUACUUUGCAUUUUAUAUCCUCUGCUUUGUGGGUGGGGGUUUUGUGGUUACUCUUUUAUUUGGAAAAAGCAAUUCAGAAAAAUAUCUUGAGCAGUGUGAACAUUCAUUUCUCCCUUGUACAUCGGUUGGGAUCCCUAAGUGCAUAGAAGAAAUGAAACGUGAAACCAGACCUAUUAAGAUUGAUAGAAGACUGACAGGUGCAAACAUAAUUGAUGAGCCUUUGCAACAGGUAAUCCAGUUUUCCCUGAGAGACUAUGUGCAGUAUUGGUAUUAUACACUAAGUGAUGAUGAAUCCUUUCUUCUGGAAAUUAGGCAGGCUCUUCAGUAUGCACUUGUUCAGUUUUCUGCCAGGUCAAAGGAAACAGACUGGCAGCCUUAUUUCACUACACGACUUGUUGAUGACUUUGGCACUCAUCUUCGAGUUUUCAGAAAAGCUCAGCAAAGGAUAGCAGAGAAAGGCAAUCAGAUGAAAGAUCAAGCUGAGGAACUUGUAGAUACAUUCUUUGAGGUUGAAGUUGAAAUGGAAAAAGAAGUCUGUCGUGAUCUAGUCUGCACUUCUCCCAAAGAUGAAGAAGGAUUCCUAAGGGAUCUGUGUGAGGUUUUACUGUAUAUAUUGCUACCUCCUGGAGACUUCCAGAACAAGAUCAUGCGAUACUUUGUCAGGGAAAUCCUCUCCAGAGGAAUUCUUCUUCCAUUAAUAAACCAGCUCAGUGAUCCUGAUUAUAUUAAUCAGUAUGUCAUAUGGAUGAUUCGUGAUUCCAACUGUAACUAUGAGGCCUUUAUGAAUAUUAUUAAAUUAAGUGAUAAUAUAGGAGAGUUGGAAGCAGUGAAAGAUAAAGCAAGUGAAGAAUUGCAAUAUCUUCGAUCUCUAGAUACAGCAGGAGAUGAUAUCAACACUAUAAAAAAUCAAAUAAACAGUUUAUUAUAUGUUAUUAAAGUAUGUGAUUCAAGAAUUCAGAGGUUGCAGUCAGGAAAAGAAAUAGAUACUGUGAAACUGGCAGCAAACUUUGGAAAACUUUGCACAGUCCCUCUGGACCAUAUUCUGGUAGACAAUGUUGCACUACAGUUUUUUAUGGAUUACAUGCAGCAAACUGGUGGCCAAGCACAUCUGUUUUUCUGGAUGACAGUGGAAGGAUACAGGGUUACAGCACAGCAACAGCUGGAGGUACUUCAAAGCCGGCAGAAAGAUGGAAAACAUCAGACUAAUCAGACCAAGGGUCUAUUACGAGCAGCUGCGUUUGGAGUUUAUGAGCAAUAUUUAUCAGAAAAGGCAUCUCCAAGAGUUAAUAUUGAUGACAACUUAGUAGCAAAACUUGCAGAAACACUGAACCAUGAGGAUCCAACACCUGAAAUCUUUGAUGACAUUCAGAGAAAGGUGUAUGAGUUGAUGCUGCGAGAUGAGAGGUUCUACCCUUCAUUCAAGCAGAAUGUGUUGUAUGUGCGUAUGUUAGCUGAGCUGGACAUGCUGAAGGAUCCCAGUUUCAGAGGAUCAGAUGAUGGUGAAGGAGAAUCUUUUAAUGGGUCUCCUACUGGCAGCAUAAAUCUGUCCUUAGAUGACCUUUCAAAUGUCCCUUCUGAUGAGACAGUUCAGCUCCAUGCAUACAUCUCAGAUACUGUCUAUGCUGACUCUGACCCAUAUGCUGUGGCAGGAGUGUGUAAUGACCACGGCAAGACGUAUGCCCUGUACGCCAUCACCGUCCACCGGCGGAACGCAAACAGCGAGGAGAUGUGGAAGACGUAUCGGCGCUACAGUGACUUCCAUGACUUCCACAUGAGGAUCACUGAGCAGUUUGAAAACCUUGCAAAUAUACUAAAACUUCCUGGCAAAAAAACAUUUAACAAUAUGGACAGAGAGUUUUUGGAAAAGAGGAAAAAAGAUUUAAAUGCUUAUUUGCAGCUCUUGUUAAAUCCUGAAAUGAUGAAAGCUUCUCCAGCUUUAGCCCAUUAUGUGUAUGAUUUCCUGGAGAAUAAAGCCUACAGCAAAGGGAAGGGAGAUUUUGCACGGAAGAUGGACACAUUUGUAAAUCCACUGCGUAACUCUAUGAGAAACGUAUCAAAUGCAGUCAAGUCUAUCCCUGACAGCCUGGCAGAGGGAAUGACUAAAAUGUCAGACAACAUGGGUAAAAUGUCAGAGAGACUGGGACAAGACAUAAAGCAGUCAUUUUUCAAGGUGCCACCUCUGAUGCAGAAAACCUAUUCAGAUCCUGACCAUUGCCGUGUUGCAGCACCAAUUGAUGACAACGUGGAUGACAAUAUUCCGCUGAGAGUAAUGCUCCUACUUAUGGAUGAAGUCUUUGAUUUAAAGGAGAGAAAUCAGUGGUUAAGAAGAAACAUAAAAAAUCUGCUUCAGCAACUUAUUAGAGCAACAUAUGGUGACACAAUUAAUAGAAAAAUAGUUGAUCAUGUUGAUUGGAUGACAUCUCCUGAGCAAGUAGCAGAUGCAGUGAAACGCUUCAGAGACGCUUUUUGGCCCAAUGGCAUUUUAGCAGAAGCAGUUCCACGAAGGGACAAAGCUAUUAGAAUGAGAACAAGAGUGGCAGGGAAAACCAAAUUGCUGGAGGUAAUGCCAGAUGAACUGAAGCACAUCAUAGGCGCUGAGACUACGCGGAAAGGCAUUCUUCGGGUCUUCGAAAUGUUCCAGCAUAGUCAGCUGAAUAAGAGAAUGGUGUAUGUGUUUCUGGAAAGAUUCCUAGAAACCUUAUUUCCACAAAAUAAGUUCCCUGAGCUGUUCAACAAACUGCAUUCAAGGUCAAAGCAAAUGCAGAGAUAUAAGCAGAGACUACACUCUACUCAAGCGCCUUCCUUACAGAAAAGGUGACACUUCAAAUCCAUUAAGCUGGUGUUUGUUUGUCCAGGAUUAAUUACUUGGGCAGAUUCUCUGGGGCUUCAAACUCACAUGCCGUCAUUUCUGCACCAGUCUUCUAGUGUCACAUAUUAGAUUAUUAAUGCAUCUGUAAGACCUGUGGAUCUUCUCAUCUUCACUUGUAAUUCAACCACUACCAGAAUGGUUUGUGUGUCUUAAAUGAUUUGGUGCGUCUUCAUGCAACAUUGAGAAGAAAACUGGCCCAGUAUAUCAGAAUGCUGAUCCCUUCCGUUCCUGAGUCGAUGUUUUGCCAGCAAUGCAAAGUGCCAGGUUGUUCAAGUAAAGCACAACUAUGGUGAUACAGUUGAAGAAAAGAGUGUUCUGGCACUGGGAGAUAGUGCAAUGUGUGAGAGUCAGGUGGAAUUGUUUGACGUUACAAGUGUUGAGGCUCUGUAGGGCUAUUUUAACAUUCCUGUAAAGGCUGAGUUAACCAGAAAAGCAGUCUGUGGAAUAGCUGGUUCGUAAGAGUGAGGAGAAGUAGCUAUAGCCCCAUCAUAAAAAUACAUUUAUUAAGUAAAAGUGGAGGUAAGGUGGCUUUGAUGCCACAUUUGCAUCACCUUUCAUAUUUUCAAAAUUAACCUAACCUUAUGUCUAAUGGGGGUUUUAGUGAAAGCAGAGGUGCAGUAGAAACAAACCCUUUAUUCUGAUUAUUCUGUAGCUUUAAGGGCCAUAUGCUGCUCUUACAGCACCUGGCAUACAUUUUGCAUGUAAUUUCAGUGGAGAAGGAGCAUCAUAUUUAUGUUCAAUUGGUCUGUUGGAACAUAAGUUGAUAUUGUAGAAGGAAAGGGAUAUAUAUUUCAAAGAGGAUAGAUACUGUGUUAGAAGAUGAGGAAAUUGCACUAAGACACAGUUUACACACAACUCCCCACUAAAAUCUGGAGCUUUUUUGGGAUGUGAAAGAACUAUGUCCUACUUAAUUGAAAGAUUCCUUAUCUUUUAGUGUGUAAGCCUCAUACGGAAAAAUGUUAGAGUUACUUGGUUCCUCACAGGUAAAAGAUUUCAUUAGUCAUAUGCAAACACUUGGAAAUUUCUGAAUGCAUCUCAGUGUAUAU